AUGUCUGCUGCGGUGUGCGGAACCAAGAGAUCUUUUUUCGAAGACCUUCCUCCUUCACCACCUGUUUCCAAGAGGCUCCGUUGUUCCUCUUCCCCGAUUCGUCUUUCUCUUCCAUCGCUCGUUGAUCACCUUCGCAAUCUCUUUCCCAAUAUGGAAGAUCAGAUCCUUGAAAGAGCGUUGCAGGAAUGUGGUAAUGAUUUGGAUGCUGCUAUUAAAAGUUUGCACGGGCUUUGUUUGGGAUCUGCUGAUGAAAUUGCUGCAAUUGCUCCUCAACCUGAUGUUGUUACUGUUGAAACAGGUGUUUUUGAAAAUAAUGGGGAUGCUUCUGCGUCAGGGAAUCAGCCAGCUGAAAACACUCUUCCGGCUGAUGGACCUGAAUGGAUUGACUUGUUUGUUAGGGAAAUGUCAUGUGCUACUACUGUUGAUGAUGCCAGAACUCGUGCUGCAAAACUUCUUGAGGUUCUGGAGAAAUCAAUCAGUGCACAUGCGAGUUCUGGGGCAAUAACUGAUCUUCAAAGGGAAAAUUUGAUGUUGAAAUAUCAAGUUGAAGUGUUGACCAAGGAGAGAAAUUGUUUCAAAAGUGCUUUUAGAAUCCAGCUUGAACGCCUUUCUGAUUAUGAAGAUAAAGACCGAGAGUUGCAGCAGCUGAAGCAAUUGGUAUCUCAAUACCAGGAACAGAUCAGAACUCUUGAGGUUAACAACUAUGCUUUGCGAAUGCAUCUGAAUCAGGCACAAAAAUACAACCCUUUUCCUGGGCAUUUCCCUCCCGACGGCUUCUAA